AUGCCGCCAAUAAAAGGAAAGAUGUUUUGUUAUUCUGAAGCUGAUAUGGAAGCAGCUAUAGAAGAAUGCAGGCGAGGUGUUCCGACAGCUACUGCUGCCAAAAAAUUUGGUGUACCGAGAGUAACCCUAUUAAAUAAAAUAAAGGGAAAAACACCAAUAAAACGUAAAAUGGGAAGAAACUGUUAUAUGACCGAAGAAAUAGAAAAGAUGUUGGUAACGUGGGCAAAAGCUAUGGUGAAACAAGGAUUUCCAAUAGGGAAAGACAAUUUGCAGGAUAGUGUUAAGAAAAUAGUGGAUGAUUUAAAUUUAGAAACCCCUUUUAAGAACGGUAGGCCUGGAAAGAGAUGGUACAGUAGCUUUUUAAAACGUCAUCCUGAUCUUAUUACAAGACACCCUCAAAAUUUGACUACUUCCAGAGCUAGUGUGACAACAUCUCAAUUGAAGAACUGGUUCGAAGAGGUCAACAUCUACUUAAACGAUAACAACUACAGGGACAUUUUGAACGAACCUCAAAGAAUUUUUAAUAUGGAUGAGACAGCUUUUUUCUUAAAUCCUAAAGGUAAUAAAGUGUUAGCACCUAAAGGAGAAAAAUCAGUUUACCAGCAAAUUAAUGCGGAUGAAAAAGAAUGCUUUACUGUACUUCUAGGUGGGAAUGCUACCGGCGAUGUUCUACCUCCUAUGGUCAUUUUCAAAUAUGAGAGGAUACCAAGAGAGUUAAGUUUGUCUGUUCCUGAAACUUGGAGUUUGGGACGUUCCGAUAAUGGCUGGAUGACCAGAGAGACAUUUUAUGAGUACAUCUGCAAUAUUUUUAACAAAUGGUUGGAUGAUAAUAACGUUCCAAGACCAGUGCUGCUUUUUAUAGAUGGUCAUACUUCACAUCUUUCUUUCCAAGUUAGUAAAUUUUGUUCUGAAAAUGGCAUUAUAUUGAUUGCUCUCUUUCCAAAUGCGACACAUUUACUGCAACCAAUGGAUGUUGCAGUUUUCAGAAGUCUUAAGGGAGCUUGGAAGACUGCAGUGCAUUCUUGGCGGUUAGAAAAUAUUGAUUCUCCCGCUUUACGAAAAAUACAUUUUUGUCCUUUGUUAAACAAGGUACUAAAGGAUACACUGACACCUGCAAUAUUUCAGAAUGGUUUCCGUAAGUGUGGACUUAUGCCGUGGAAUCCUGACGAAGUAUGUUGUAUCCCAGAACCACUGACUAACGAUUUAGCAGAUUUACAAGCCAUGGCAAAAAUUAAGGAACUUGAAAUCGGAAUAAAUUUUUUAGAUAAAUAUAUAGAUGCUGAAAAAAUUUAUCAGUUUAAAGGUUGCAAUGAAUGGUUAGGCGUAAAAGAAGACAUAUCAUUGUUUCAAUUCUACAAAAAGGUAGAAGAAUUGUUAAAUGAGAGCAAAAAAAACCUAACAUCAUCUACUACAUUGACCAGUCAAGAUCUCAUUUCGGAACAAAGCAGCACGACUGCAAUUAAAACUCUAGCUAUGAAUGACGAAAAUCUUAAUGUAACAUUAGAUAUUAUAACAGAAGACCCAAAAACUCCUAGCAAAGUCCCUGAUGACAAUAUUUCUCGAAAUACUCAGAAUAACACGAACAUAAACUCAUUAACAAUGCCUUCCACAUCAACACAACAUAUAUCAGCAGAAAAUUCCUCAAAAGAUAUGAUUAUACCUAGUCCAUUUAAAAGGGCACUGUUUUGGCCAACACCUAAAGAAAACUGUAAAAAAAGGAAGAAAGAAAAAAUACCCUCCGUUGCAUCCUCCCUUCAAUGGCAAAAAUAUCACGAAAGCAAAGAGAAGAAAAAGACAGAAUUAGAAGAAGAGAAAAAAAGAAAAGCUGAAGAGAGGAAAAUGAAGAAAAAACAGAACGAAGAGGCGCGGCAACUUAAAACUGCCCACAAAUUAGCUAACAAAAACCUUAAGACUGUGAAGAAGAAAAUUAAUAACACUGAAUAUAGUAGUGACACGAGUACUGACACUGAAUGGGUAGAAUCUGGAGAUAGUAUGGAUGACGUAUCUGACGAGCACGAAAAUGAUGAUGAGGAAAAUGUAUGGUUAGAGCAAGAAGAAGAUAUCAAGCAGAGUGAUUACGUAAUUGUUAAUUUUCCCGGGAAAAAGAAAUUUUACAAAUAUGUUUGCAUUGUCCAAAAAGUCACACGGACAGAUAUUGAAGUUAUGGCUAUGAUGUGUUGUGAUCAAUCUAAAACAGUAUUUAAAGAAAACGAUAAUGAUAUCAGCACCAUCAGUAAAUCUCAAAUAGUUGAAGUCCUCCAUCCACCUAAAAUGAUUAUAACUGGUGAUAGAAUUAAGUAUAAAUUUGACGCGCCUUUGCAAGUUGAUGGAUAA